AUGGAGGUUCUGGGAACGAUUGUCAACGCCGUGCAGGUUUUCGAGACAUGCGUCAGUACCUAUAAACUUAUCUGUCUUGCAAACAACGUGGGCAAGGAUGGCGAUCAGAUCGUGUCGCGACUGCAAUGGCAAUAUUAUCGGCUAAUACAAUGGGGGGAAAAAUCGGGAAUCGAGUCCAACACCCCGUCAAACCGGCUGAACUGGGAGGUCGCUAGGAGUUUGCUAGAAGAGCAACGAGAGUUGUUAACCUCGGCCGAGAAGCUCAAAUCCAAAUAUAAUCUCGACAUUGACGAUGAGAGUUUAACUACGACGAAGCUAGAAGAGAAGCCUGUCGAGGCAUCCUCUAGCUUGACCAGAUUUCUUCGCCAUUUGACGACUACAGAGUCAGGUAGCCCUCGAGCAAGGGCCAUCCAAAGUCAAAAUAGCCCCAUUCGGCGUCUUCGCUGGGCUAGUACAGGGAAAGAAAAGACAGACCGUGUGGUUAGCGACAUCGCAGAGUUGAACGACCGUCUGGACUACCUGUUAGACUCGGCUGACCGCGAAAGACUCCAUGCUGCGUCAGACUCAUUGCUUAGAGACCUAAUCACACACUGUAGCAAUCCUAGCGAGUUGAGCACCAUUAGUGCUCUCUUGAAUCCAUCAACCUCGGAUUCGAGCCAGGCUCUCGCUGCGGCUGCAUCUUUGCGACAGAUUCGUCUGCUGCUAGCGCCAUCCAAGGGUUCGGAACAUAAAUCCGAGCCGCGAGGUGUUCCUCUUCAACUCCUCGAACUUCGGCCGCGACGCCUGACUCCUGAGGAUUCGGCGCACUCCUUAAAAUACGCGGGGAUCGAGCCCGCGCUUUACAACGGACAGAAAGUUAUUGUAGAGUGGAAAUUCGCGGGAGAUCCAGGCUGGGACCAACUUGCUAGAUAUGUCCGCCGGCUAGGGCUGCUAUUGAGUAAAAUGGAUGAUCCAUCGUUCCAUACUCUGCCGUGGCAAGGUCUAUUACCGUGGCGUGAAAGAUCGCUAUUUGGCUUUGUGUACAGAUAUCCGGUUCAAACUGAGGAAUUCAAGGGCUCUUUUCGGUACGAGUCUCUACAUAAGGUGAUCCAAUAUCCCUCGAUUGCCCCGUUAAACCGCCGCGUGAGGAUCGCAAUGGAUAUGGCGGAGACGGUGCUCCAGCUUCACACGGCUGGCUGGCUACACAAGGGAAUUCGAUCCGAAAAUAUCAUCGCAUUCUUCACUCAGGACGAAGAUGUUCUUCCAGAGAAAGCUCACCUCGUUGGGUUCGAAUACGCCAGGCCCGACUCUCAAGACGGUUUAGCCAUAACGCAACCUCCCGCUGGCUCAGAUCUAUACCGACAUCCGAAGGCGCGGGGAACUCGUCGGAAAUCAUACCGCAAGUCGUUUGAUCUCUAUGGAUUAGGGUGUGUUCUUCUUGAACUCGCGCUCUGGAAACCAUUGGAUCGAAUUCUUGCUGAGGCUUAUCUUGUCACCGGUGAAGAUAAAGUCCACUCCGAUGGGAAUCCCACAAGCGUAUCUCCAGUGCCGUCGCUGCUGUCAUUUCAGACAUGCUUAUCGUUGCAGCUGCUUGUCAUGCACCAUGCUGGUAGCACAUUCUGCGAUGCUAUCGCCCUUUGCUUUGAAGACCAGGCGUUCGAUGAAGAUGGGUUGGACAUACAAAAGGCAGUGCUGGAGAAACUGGGGACGAUUCAUAUAUAG